AAAAACCUUCAAGAGGGAGCUUCAAAUUAACCAACUACUACACAAAAUUUCAGGUUGAGUUUUGAUCCUCUGUUUGUAUUCCCUCAAUUUCUGUUUUUCUUUUUGGGUCGUAUUUAAAUUUGAUCUUACUUGAAUUUUCAGUUGGGUUUUAACUCGUGGAAAUUCAGGCGGCGGGAUUUGAUUUGAUGAGCCGAAGGUGGUGAAUCGGUUUGUAGAAUAAUUGAACACGUGGAAGCAGGUCGGUUGUGGGUCGGAAGAGGUGAAGUGAGCGGAAAUGCCGGAGGAGGAUUUGGUGGAUAUAAAGUUCAGGCUUUAUGACGGGUCGGAUAUCGGGCCGUUUCGGUACUCGGCCACAUCCACGGUGGAUAUGCUUAAGCAAAGAAUCGUCUCUGAUUGGCCCAAAGGUAAGACAAUUAUCCCAAAGGCAGUGAAUGAAGUCAAACUGAUAAGCUCUGGUAAAAUUUUGGAAAACAGCAAGACUGUUGGUCAGUGUAAAGUACCCUUUGGUGAAGUUUCAGGUGGGGUUAUCAUAAUGCAUGUUGUAGUGCAGCCAUCUCUUGCAAAAACUAAAACAGAAAAGAAGAUUGAUGAUUCACCCAGAAAGAUUGUAUGCUCAUGUUCCAUUUUAUGAAGGCAAACAUGUUAGAAUUGAAAAAUUUCUAUGCUGGUAACAAUGCUUAGGAACAGAAACAUCGUCUCUGAGUAUCCCGUGUGUGUUUAUGGCAAAGUCCAUCUGUACAAGUUCUUUUAAUGGAGUGAUGAUGAUGUGCAUUUUUCAUUUCUUUGGUUCCUUAAGUCUCCUUUUGGUUUUUUCCAAAUAGUAGCUUGAAUCAUUUGUAAAGCUGUAUAGACUACUCCAUGUAAAGACAAAAUGUACACCAAAUUGUAUGGAGAAAUGCCUUUGUAUAAAUGCUAUCCGUUACUAAUAAUGAAUUGUUUCUGUUCGGCCUGCUAUGGCUGAAUAGGUCUUCUCA